GCGAGUGACUGAAGCUAGCAGCUCACGGGCUAACUCAGCAGUUUAAAUGCAGCCGGGCUCCACAGCCACACAUCCAUGGCAUUACUCACAAGAUGCCCCGUGUUUUAAUUUUGUUAACACAUCCUCUCCUCCAGCGCUUCUCAGCCUGAGGACACUGUAAUGGUUUCGGAGAAUGGAAACGGAAGACGUGUCGGUUAGGGAGCAACUUUUCCACAACCGUGUCCGGGAAACCAUAAUAUGUGUGCUCCUGUUUACUUGCCUUUACAUAGUGUCCUACCUCAUACUUACCCACUUCAAGAAGACUGCAGAGUUUAUCACAGAUGAUGUCGAAGAUGCCACCGUCAACAAAAUUGCGCUGUGGUUGUGCACGUUCACCCUGUCUGUCGCAGUGUGUGCUGUGCUCCUUCUCCCCAUCUCCAUUCUGUCCAAUGAGGUGCUGCUCACCUUCCCACAGAGCUACUACAUGCAGUGGCUCAACGGAUCUCUCAUCCACGGAUUGUGGAACCUAGUUUUCCUUUUCUCCAAUUUGUCGCUGGUGUUCCUCAUGCCUUUUGCCUACUUCUUCACCGAGUCUGAGGGAUUUGCAGGGUCCAGAAAGGGUGUUAUGGCACGAGUGUAUGAGGCCGUUGUGCUGCUGUUGCUGCUGGCUCUGCUCGUGCUGGGCAUUGUGUGGGUGGCAUCGGCCCUCCUCCACGACAACAUCGCCAGGAAGAGCCUCUACGACCUGUGGGAGUAUUACCUUCCCUACCUAUACUCUGGCAUCUCUCUGUUUGGAGUGUUGCUGCUCUUGUUGUGCACUCCCUUUGGGUUGUCCCGAAUGUUCAGUGUCACUGGCAGCCUGUUGGUCAAACCGCGGCUGUUGGAAGAUGUAGAAGAAACGUUGAACUGUACAACAUUCGAGGAAGACUCGCUCUCCAGGAAACUGAACUACGGCGGAUCGGCGUCAUGCUGGGUCAAGCUGAACUUGGAGGCAAUGAAAAAAGAUCAUCAGACAGUUCGGAGCAAGCGCAUUGCCCUGGAAAUGCGUAGGAAAGCGUCCCCAUGGCAGCGAAACCUGGGAUAUCCACUGGCCAUGCUUAUGCUGCUCGCAUUGACGGUGAUGUGCGUACUGAUGGUCUGUUUCAAUGUGCUGGAGUUGCUCCUGGAUGAGACUGCUAUGCCCAGAGGAAUGGAGGACCCUCACCUGGGGAUGGCCUCCUUCUCCAUGUUCGGCGCGCUGGGCGCUGCAGUUCAAGUAGUCCUCAUUCUCUACCUGAUGGUGUCCUCAGUGGUGGGCUUCUACAGCUCCCCUCUUUUCACUAGCCUCAUGCCUCGUGCACAGGACACCAACCUCACACAGAUAAUCGGAAACUGCGUUUCACUUCUUAUCCUGAGCUCAGCACUGCCAGUCUUUUCACGCACUCUUGGGAUCACCCGAUUCGAUUUACUGGGAGACUUUGGUCGGUAUAACUGGCUCGGGAACUUCUACAUUGUCUUCAUGUACAACAUGCUGUUUGCUGGACUCACCUCGGCCUCCCUGAUCAACACCGUAACCUGGGCCGUGCAGCGAGAGCUCAUCCGUGCCUUUGGUCUCCACAGAUUGCCUUUAACUGUGUCACGCUCGACCGUACCCUUCAGGCUCCUCCUGGCCAGUGGACUGUCUAAAAUCCAGUGACUUUUCCUCUUCACUACUGCCUUUCCUGAACUCACCCACUUAAAAUGUGCAACUAUUGGAUUAAAGGCAUUUGCAGUUCAGUCGGUUUGCCAGUUGGUACACGGGACAGGGCGCCCAGUGUGAAGAAACCCAAGAAGGUGACAAGUCUCCGUGUCCAGUGGGAGCUCUGCUGUGUUUGUUGACCAAUACAUCAGGGUCUGAUAUUGUGCAGUUCUUUUUUUGCGGUUAGCUGAGUCAUGGUUAAGACUAAGACUAGGGAAAAGGGAUUUAAGCCAUACCGGCAGUCUUGCCAUAGUGGACAAUAAAUGUGCAGUCCCCCUCACAAAGCCUGGUGCUUCAUAAAAAGAGGAUCCAGUUGAUAGUGGUGGUUUAGUUGACACAUGUGAAAGUCAGCAGAGUUAUUUUGAAAUAUUACAUUGUAACUAUGACUUAAUUUCCUCUUCCUGCUCCAGGUCACUUGAGCGCUCUCUCUUUCUCUGUGGCUUCCCCACGCUUUUCCCUCUCUGGUUGUACCACUAUUUUAAGAUUGGGAAUCUUACUUCCUUGUGUUUGGUUGUCCAGUCUGCACCGGUGUUAUGUUAGUAAAUGAGAGGAAAGGCUUAUUGGGAACAAAUAGGACACAACGUACCUUGUCUAUCUAUGGAUCUUUAGGUUACACAGGGAAUAUGUGAGUGGAGUUAUGAUAUUAGUGUUGGAGCUAUUUUUAUAAACCCAGUUUACGAGCAAAACUAAGCAUUUGCUGCAGUGAUUAUUAAUCAGGGUUUUUAUACUUUAGUAGAUGACAGUACAUUUACUGAGUCUGAGGGUUACUCAUACAUUGACAAAGGUACAUUAAAAAGAAAGCUUUACACUUUGUCUUAUGCAAGACUUUUGAAUGUCAAGUGACACUCACUAGGAGGAACUUCUGCCUUUUGACCAAUCAAACUGUGAAUAAAGAAUCUAUGGGGAGAAGUGCAAUAUUUCAAAGGUAAACGCACAACAUUUAACUUUACCAAAAGUAAUUUUUAAGUCUUCUUAGUGCUUUUAUUUUUAUUUUUUGUGAAGUAUUUGUUCAUCUCGUUCCUCUUUGAGAAAGCUCAGAAUAGUUUCUAGAAUAUUUUUGAAAAGUGAAUGUGACCACCACCAAUGCAAGCAUUUCCAGUGUUUUUAUUCUUACCUAAAUGCUUUUAUGUUUAUCAGCUGUAUUUCAUCCUCUUAAAUGUGUUGGUGACCCUGUGUCACCGUUUGCCAUUGCUGCUGUAUCAGCAGGUUAUUAGCUGUUGGUUUGACCAGCAGAGGACAGUGUCUCUUAAACCCAACACCAGCCUCUGUGUACGGGUAGUCUCUCUCUGGUCAGGUAUUAUGUAUAAUAAAUAUGGAGCACUCUAAGGUUUAAUUAUUUCACUUUUCUUCGGGAAUUUUCUUUUUGUUUUUUAUUAUUUAUGGGCAUUUUGGGAUCUAUACUUCACAUGUUAACUCUUUUUAACAGUCAUUAAAACAAUUUCAAUGUGAUACGGUUGAGACAAAAUAAAUUCUUUAGAGUUGUUCUCAAAGAUUACAAAAAAUAGUUUUGUUUACCUUAAUGUUUCCGAUUGAUGGACAUUGUUUUAAGAGCAAAAGGCAAUAAAAACCGUCUUGUGUUUUUAA